GGGGUGAUAGCAUUCAAGUCCACAAGGAAAUUUUCUUACCGGCAGCUCCUCUAACAUAGAAGUGAGAUCAGGCCAGAGAUUGCUGGGAAGUCAGUAACCAUGCUGACCUCCUCCACCCAGCCGCCAGCCUUUGACUCUAUCAACUCCACCCAGCAACCCAACUCCAGCAUCUACUUGUUCUCCAAGUUCAUUCACCCCGACAAAGAACUGUACACAGAAUUUUACAGCCUGUGGAUUGCCCUGAUGGUAGUCAAUGCCAUCAUUUUCCUGGUGGGUGUUGUGCUGAACAGCUUGGCACUGUAUGUCUUCUGCUUCCGUACCAAGACAAAAACCACCUCUGUUAUUUACACCAUAAACUUGAUUGUUACUGAUCUCUUGGUAGGCUUUUCCUUACCUGUCCGGAUCAUCAUGUUCUACAGUGCAGGGGACUGCCUGAAUUGUUCCUUGGUUCAUAUCUUUGGCUACUUUGUCAACAUGUACUGCAGCAUCCUUUUCUUGACGUGCAUCUGCGUUGACCGUUACCUGGCAAUUGUGCAGGUGGAGGCCUCACGUAAAUGGAGGAACCCCACUUGUGCCAAGGGGAUCUGCGUCUUCAUUUGGAUCUUUGCCACUGUGGUGACCUUCUCCAUCCUGACCAUGGCAAUACAGUUUGCUGCCUGCUGCCUCUCCAAGAUUCUGGUCCUGAUGGUCUGCGAGUACUUCUUCCCCCUCAUCAUAAUCAUCUUCUUCACCACCAGGAUUAUGUGUGCUCUGUCCAAGCCCAGUCUCAUGCACCAGAGUCGGGAGAGGAGAAUGAGGGCUGUGCAACUCCUUAUCACCGUCCUUAUCAUCUUCAUGAUCUGCUUCACUCCUUUUCAUGUGCGACAGGUAGCAAUCUCCAUCAACCCAGACAUGCCCCAUGAUGUCAGCCUCCUCGUCUACCAUGUGACAGUGACUCUGAGUAGCCUCAACAGCUGCAUGGACCCCAUUGUCUACUGCUUUGUCACCAAUAACUUCAAGUCAACCAUGAAAAACAUCUUCAGGAAAACCGAGCCGGAGCAAACCAGUGUGGACAUCCUGGGUGUGAACAAGAACUCCAAGGGCUCCAAUGCAAUCAUCGCCUUCUCAAACACAAUAGGGAGCCCUGUGAGCUUGACAUCACCAAGCAGUGUCCAGAUAUAA